GCACGCCGAAUACACAAAUGCACGAUUUUCUCGCCAGUACCACGCGGAAGCACCUGCUGCGCGAGGAAACGAUUGGCGCCACUCGCCGCGUAGUGGACCUCGCGCGUGGAAGUGAAGCGGGCCCGCACAGCACUUCCGCACCACCUCGACCGGUUGUCUCUCUCAAAACACUCUACACCGAUUUUGAGGUGCGAGAGCUCCCUGCAUUUUACGGCAACGGUACCCCUCUCCGACUGGAGCUGGAGAGCAACGGCAGCGACCGCUGCGGUGGCGGAGUAAAGACGGAUCAGUCGGAGCACGCCGCAACAACGCAGCAGUCGGAUACGCCCGGUGACGGGAAGCGGAGCCGCGAGGUCAACGAGGACGAUGAUGAGAGGAAGACCUCCACUGUAACUGCAGCGCAGCCGCCUUCGUCAGUCCCUCCCGGCUCUUCGUCUAACUCUGUCGCGGACACCAUCGGACCGCUUGUCAGCCCGAACGACCUCGCGGCCCUCCUCGCCGGACUGGCCGAGGAGGCAAAGUCGAUCCCACUUCCCAGUGUUACGGACAAGGAAAGGAGAGGACAGCUUCACGCCGCCAUCAAGGCUUGCCUCGGUGCUACACACGUGAGCAACACGGUGGACGGCGUUGUCUGCGUGGUACGGGCGAACGCGACGGAUCGGCGCGAAGCGCGGCGUCGCUCUCGCGCGCAACGGCCGCCGCCGGUGUACCACCAUUUUACCUUGUACAAGGAAAACACCGACAGCAACCAAGCGCUACGGAUGAUCGCGGCUCAUUUGAAGCUGUCCAGCCGCCAAGUGCAGUUUUGCGGCACAAAGGACAAGCGCGCCGUCACGCUUCAACGCGUGGCGAUUCGCGAAACGACGGUGGAGAGGCUCAAGUCAAUCAAUGCGCGCACCUUUGGCUUGCACAACGUUAUUAAGGUGUGCGGCUUUACGCAGGAAGACCACGGCUUACGUCUCGGUGACGCUAAGGGGAACCACUUUCGGAUUGCGCUGCGUGUGUUUCCCAAUCACGAUGCUGAUGCGUCGGGGUGUGCUGCGUACGAGUCCGCUGAGCCUUCCGCAGCUCUCACGGCAGAUUACUUGCAGGAAGUAGAAAACGUGGUGCAGAGGUACGGCGUGGUCAACUACUUUGGCCCGCAGCGUUUCGGCACGACAGACGUGCUGACGAGCGAUGUCGGCAUCCAGUUCUUGCGCGGUAACCUCCUCGAAGGUCUACGGCUCCUGCUUGCGUCAAAGGCCACCAUUGUUCCUGAGAUGGCGAAAGUGGUGGAGCUGUUUCAGGCUGGCAACUACACUGAAGCAUUGCAGAGGGCGCCUUACUACUGCUACCAGGAGCGCGACGUCCUCAAGCACCUCAGCGCCAACCCGAAUGAUUACCUGGGUGCCCUGCGGUCCAUGGCGCGUACCAUGGCGAUGAUGUACUUCCACGCGGUGCAGAGUUUGGUGUGGAACCGAAUGGCCUCGGCACGCCUGUCGGGCCCAGAGCGCAUCCACGCGGAGGUCGGUGACCUUGUGUUGGAGUCCACGUACGAAGCACGACUCAGCGGAAAAGAAGACGAUGGCGCCGGCACUGCAAUCACGGCAGCGGAUGACGAUGCUGCGGCUGGUGAUUUGAAGAUGCCGACGGUUCGCAAGCUCACCUCGGAGGAGGAGUGCUCUCGCUUCACACUUGCCGACGUCCUGCUGCCCGUUCCAGGGCCGGAUCAGGGGCUCGUCUACCCAGAAGCCUCUGGUUGCUCUCGCGCAGACUACGAGAAAGUAUUGCAAGAGCUGGGCAUCGACUUCCAGGGCAAGGAGGCGCUGUCGCUGAUCAAAGUGUUUCACUUUUACGGCACCUACCGUGCACUUGGUGUACGGCCGAAAGACUUCGAGCUCCGUCUGCAGACAGCUGCCAGCUGGCGUACACCAGUGCUGCGCUCUGACUGGGAGUUGUUCUGCGCUCAGCAGCCGCACACCGAGCUGCCGUCGUCAACCAAUGCGACGGCGGAAGUUGUCGCGUCAGAGCCGAAAGGUGUGGUACAGGUGUUGGUGGCUGCCUUCUCGCUGCCACCUGGGAGUUACGCGACAAGUGUGCUGAGGGAGUUUUGUAUUCCCUCCGCCGACGCGUUUCCCAGCAGCGAAGCGGCCCAAGAUGCUUGA